AUGGGUAGCAGCCACUUGGAACAGCUGGCCGUGUUCGACGACGCGGCCACGCCCUCGGAGAUCACUGGGGUCUGGGGUGUGUAUGCAGUCGAGGAGGGCUGGGUCGCCGCACCCGCCUUGCAAGUGCUCACCGGCAAGGAAGGAGCCGCCGCCGCCGCGGCCCACGAGCGCUGGAUCCAAGCCAAAGCCGACGCAUCACCCAAGCGCGUGCGGCUGCAAGGCGCGCUACCUGACGCAGGUGUGGGCAUAGGUCUCGGAGAGUACGUCAGAGUCCCAGGCGGCCUUUGCGACCGGCGGCCGCUGUACGAGAGCGUCGACCGGUGCUUCCGCGGCAAGUGCCAUCUGCGCUACGUUGCUGCUCAAGGCUCCUGGUUCAUCGGAGACGAGUCGCACCUUGGCGACGCUCUCAGCAGCCGCCAGACGGGCUACCUCCAUGUGCCCAACGCCAUGGCGUGGAAUCCGGCGCGCAUCAGUGUCAAGUCGCGGCGCAGAUUCGGCGAGAAGCUGGCUUCCACAAUUGGUGUGUGGAUGACGUUGUCCCGGACUCCGGACGGGGGCUGGUUCGAGGCGCCCGGAUUGGAGCUCGUCGACGUCGACGCCGAGAUCGACUAUUGGAAGGAGAAGAGGCAGGCGCUGACCACGAUGCUAUGCAUCUUGUCCGUGGCUCUCAUCCCGGCGGCGCUGCACUUGGGCAGGCAGAUGCUUAUAAAAUGGCGGGAGGCACGGAAAGCGGCUGCGCGUGCCCAAAAGGUUCAAGACAGGCGACGCCAGCGGCGAGCGGUCGAGAUGGAGGUCUCUCGGUUCGCCAAGAGUUUGGGGCGCCAGACGCAGCCGACAAGUGCUUCCACCCAGUACCCUUCUCAGAAUAUGACCAAGCCAAAGCGCGGACCUGCGCCUCCUUCCAUGUAA